GCCAAUGCUAGUGUCAGUGUCAACAACGGUCAGUAGCAGCGCAGCCAGCGGCGCUGUCCGGAGCAGGGAGGGGGAGUGAAGUGGCACUUUAAACGUCCGAACGUUGUUUGAGAUGGGGGAUGAUCGACCCUUUGUCUGCACAGCCCCUGGAUGUGGGCAGAGAUUCACAAAUGAAGAUCACCUCUCAGUCCACAAACACAAGCAUGAAAUGACAUUAAAAUUUGGUCCUGCCAGGACGGACUCUGUUAUUAUUGCAGACCAGACCCCAACCCCCACUCGUUUCCUGAAGAACUGUGAGGAGGUCGGUCUAUUCAAUGAGCUGGCGGGUUCCUUUGACCAGGAGUUUGGUAAAACACAGGAAGACGAGCAGAGAACAAAGCACCCUGCUGCACCUUUACAGACACCCUCUGAAGUAAAAGAUGAGGACGAGUCAUCCUUACAAGUUGAUUCUUCUCCCCCCGACAGUCCAGAUUCCUCGUCCAGCAUGUCUGAAAACAGCAGAGACUCUAGGGAGUUUCUCAAUAAGCCUGUGGCAAGCUCCGCUCCUACGCCAACAAUCAUUCGUCCAGGUUCUCUUCCCCUUCACCUGACAGGUGACCCGCUACACCCAACUCUGCCUUCUCCGACGUCUGUGAUCACGCAGGCGCCCCCCUCCAACAGACAGCUUGGAUCUCCCACAAGUGCGUAUCCACUGGUGAGGCACCUCCCUAAUGGGCAUACGGUCCCUCUUUUGCCCAGUCCUGUGCAGAUGACUUCAGUUAUAUCUCUUGCAAGGACAGUGAACACAGUGCCUAACAUCCCUGGGAUUCCAGGACCUCCUGUAGGGGGAGCCAGCAGUGGUUCCUCCUCCCCAUCUGCAUAUGGCCUUCACUCUGAGGCCAAAAUGAGGCUGAAGGCAGCUCUGUCUCAUCAAGGCCUAGCAGCACAAGAUGGAGCAGGUGGUGGGUCAGGAUCCAUCCCUGCUAUCCCCCAGCGACAAGAACAGAGCCAGCAGCCCACUCAGAACUCUGAUACCCCAUCGCCUGCACAACCCCAGGUGUCCCCUGCUCAGCCAACAGGGGGACGGCGGCGGCGGGCAUCAGAGAUGGACCCCGACGAGAGGAGGCAGCGUUUUCUGGAAAGAAACCGGGCUGCCGCUUCUCGUUGCAGACAAAAGCGAAAGCUGUGGGUCAACUCCUUGGAGAAAAAGGCAGAAGAUCUUGCCAACAUGAACAUCUCCUUAACUAAUGAAGUGACUCUGCUGAGGAAUGAGGUGGCGCAGCUGAAACAGCUCCUUUUAGCUCACAAAGACUGCCCUGUCACUGUCAUGCAGAAGAAGGCAGUUUUCUUAGCUGCAGGAGGAGAGGAAGCCUCGAGGGAGGCUCCCACUGAACACAUCGGAUCCCCGGCGGCGGUCAUUCAGCACGUGCCGUCACCUGCCGCCGUGGCCUCAAGCCCAGGGCCCACCAUAAAUGGACUGAGCGUCCGAGCUGCGGAGGCAGUGGCCAUGUCAGUGUUAGCUGGCAUGGGCUCGGGCCAGCACGGAGGAGUUGUCAUCGCUCCGCAAUCACAGACAGCCCCGAGAUGAUGUGCGGGCGGACGGCAGCCAGAAUGAACUCCAGUGGCAUUUAAAGGCCGGACCGGAGCAAAGCUCAGUGUGAAGAGGGAACCCCCCCCCCCCCCACUCUAUAGAUUCCCACUCCCCCUGAACACCUUACAGUAAUCACACAAAGACAUGGUGAGGUACCUCCUCCAACAGGCUCCCUUUUCAGAAAUGCUUCAUCACUCUGUGUAUGUAAAUAUGAAUCACGUGUCGAACACUUACUCUGCAGGGUUCGGGGUCGGUUAUGACAGUUUGAAAUUUUUUUAGAUUAAGAAGAAAAAUAUGAAAAGGCUUUUGAACCAAUUAGUUAUUUUAUUUUGUUUGGAAAGCAGCAACACUCCAACUUCUUCCCACGCUGGCUGUGAUGAGGUUUGUUUCUUUCCAGGCUAACACUUUUACUGUAAUAUAUAUGAUUUCUUUUCUUUUUUUUGUUAUUGUAAAAAAAAAAAAAAGGUUUUUAACAUCUUAAGCAUUUUUUCACAUUUAGGAAAAAGUAUCAAACAUACCAAUGUUUUUUCUGAGAAAAUAUAUAUUUAAUGGGCUUAUAAACAUAAAAUUUCACCAGAUGAGGGUAACAUCCAUCUACUGUCUAUAUACAGUUUUCCUUGUGUCGCGGGGGCGCUGGUGCCUAUCUCCAGCGGUCAUUAGUUGAGAAGUGGGGUACAGAUCACCACUCCAUGUUGGUAACAACCCAAGUAAUCCAAACAUACAAGAAAUCAAAAUGAAAAGUGGACUAACGUAGGAAAUAAGUACUGAACACGCUAACAUCAAUUAAUACACGGUAGGAAGACUAUUGUUGUUAAAGACAGCUUCUAUACUUGUAGGGUCUUUGAGCUUCCGCUAUGUGCUCUGAUCUUCAGUUGUUUCCAUAGAUGUUUUGUUGAAUUAAAGUCUAGUGAUUUAUUUGGCUAUUUUAACAGCUUUGAGAUCCAUUUUUCAAACUCAUCUGACCAGACUGAAGUAUUUCCAGUAUUUCACUCACUUGUGUGUUAAAUGUUGUACAGUAAACUUUAAAUGGGCUCAAGCAUGUAUUUUCCUCAUCAGUGGAGUCUUGCACUGCGAGUAUAAUGAGCAUAGAGGCCAAGUUGGUUGACUUUUCCUAAAUGUAUUCAAAUUAAUAGCUUCAUUUGUGGAUUCGGUUUUGUUGAUUUCUUUGUUUGGAUUACAGUUGAUUGUUACUGAUAACUGGUGUCAAUUUCAUGUCACAACUCCUAUUUGAAAUAUAUUUUCUAAGAAAAUUCACUGGUAAAAAUGUUUAAUGCUUAUUUUUAUUUGCUGUAAACCCUUUUGAGAUUGCAGUGAAUGCAGUCUGGAAAGGUUUUCUCCCCUUUUAUUUUGUCACCUGUCUUUUAUUCUUGCUUUAUAAAUGUCUGUCUUUUUUUUUUUUUUUUUUUUGAGUCAACUCUUGAUUCAUGCAGUCAAUGAAAGUUGAGUUCACAGCAAAAGAAACCGUAGAUGUGAACACAGUUAAUCCUGUGAUUGUGUGCCCUUUUUCAAUAUUUAACGCAUUUAGAACGGAUAUCAUGAUAUUAGUCAAUUGUAUCAACCCCUGCUGACUGCAUGGAUUACUCGAGGCUGAAGAAUACCACUAUUUGUAUGUAGCCCCUCAUACUCUCACUGUUUUGUAACAUCAGGCUAUAAAUGUGAAGAUUGUCCCGGUUCUGUUAGGAUUUCAUCCUUGGCCGUGAAAACUUUGGACCAUUAGACUACUUUUAAUUGAUAAUCGAAAGUAACAGGUUUUAAAUUCUUUACCCAGACAUUUUAGUGGAGUGAAGAGUAGUGCAAUAUAUUUUUCUAUUGAAUAUCAAUGUUCUUGCUUUGAGCGGACGUGUGUAGUCCAGCUGCUGACAGGGUUUGCUCUAUUUCAGUCAAACGCUACAGUUACGAGGUGACCAAAGGAAAUGUGAAGAUUAUUGUUGAAUGAAUGGAUUGUUAAUCAGUGUACAUGUAGAGUUACACAUGGUCUGAUCGAGAGCUUUAUACCAUAAAACCUAGUGCUAUUACAUUAUGAAACACACGCAAGGUGCUUCUUUUGACAUUGUUUUGCGGCUUUUAAAUAUGGCAUUGUUCUUCCGAGUCUUAUCAUUUUGUUCUUCCUUUGUAACGGUUAUUUUUACAACAUGUUUUAGGUUUCUUUUUUUCUUUGUGGGAAUGUUAUGGUUUCUUCCAUCACAUGAUUGUAUGCCCCCUUUUUUGUUAGAUGUUUUUAUUUUAUUUUAGUGUUUAACUGAAGUUGAACUACAUUGGGGGCGGGCAUUCUGAAAAUGUGUGGAAAAAGUUUGUUCAAUACUCAGGCCUCAAGAUGGGAAAUAAGUUGUAUAGUCUCAGCUAAGUAAUAAAUUGUCUUGGACAAACAAAAUAAAUUAAUGUGUAACAAAAGGA